GAAAUAACAAUUCUCCUUCAUCAAUUUCCGCGUUAGGGAACAGUCGAGGCCGGAUUAUCAAAUUCGUCCUGAAACUACUCCCAAUUUUCACCAUUGCGAGGCCUCAAUCCCACCGUUCUCCGCCGCCGCCGCAACCAAAGACGACAGCGAGGGUGAAGCAGAGGCGAGCUUGCAGUGAUUAAGAGUGUCUCGCGAGACACAAGUAGGGCUUCAUGAGAGAUUCUGGCGCUUAGGGUUUAAAACAUUGAGUUGCAGGUUCUUUGAGCUUCAUUCGAGGUGGUUAAUUGCAGAAAUUAGUGGACAAAAUGGAUCAAGAUUUCAGAAAUUCGAUCGAGGUGGUUAGUUGCAGAAAUUGUAGUGCGGUGUGAAAGUGGCUUCAACUGACGACACGGACCAAGAUUGUCUCUUCAACUUGUUUAACAGUGUUUAGGCUUGCUGAUUGAAGUGACAAGAUCUGGUAUAUCAAUUCAUAAUUUGCCGCAUGCCAGUUAUAUAUAAUGCCAUUGGAAGGAAUUGGGCGAAUGAGGUACUGGAAGGAUCUGAAUCCUUCUGAGACUAAAUCACACUGCUCAGAGGCUCAGCCUGCCAAUGAGUCAAAUCAUUUCAAGCCUAGUUUGGCUACUGGUUCAAAUACUCUACUCUUCAGACCCUCCCCAGAACCAAAGGUACCUUCAAAUUCACAUUUCUAUUGAUUUGAGCUUAAAUUUUUCACAGUAAGAUCCUAGUAUUUGUCUCCAAAAAUCAAUGACACUCCUCUCAAUCUCUCGUUGUUUCUCAUCCUCGUUCAAAGUCAAAAACUCCCAUUUUCCACUCAAAAGAACCUUAUCACUCAAAACCACCCAAUCAUCAGCAGCUGAAAAGUACUGGAGCCAUUUACAGGAAAAUGGUUCCCACAUUGAAAAAACAUUGAAUAUAAUUAGAGCUAAACUUGACCCUUCCUGUGUCAAAGAGGUUUUACAAAGAUGUGCCAUUGAACAACACCACGUGGGCCUUAGGUUCUUCAUCUGGGCUGGUCUUCAACCCAAUUAUAGGCACAGCUCAUACAUGUAUAGCAAAGCUUGUAAGUUGCUUGAAAUUAACCAAAAUCCAAAAGUGAUUUUUGAUGUGGUUGAGGCUUAUAGGGUCGAAAAUUGUUUGGUUAGUGUAAAGAUGUUUAAGGUGGUGUUGAAUUUGUGUAGGGAGGCAAAGAAUGCUGAUCUGGGUCUGUGGGUGUUGAGGAAAAUGAAGGAAUUUAAUUGUAGGCCAGACACGAUGGCAUAUAAUGUGGUUAUUAGAUUGUUUUGUGAGAAGGGUGAUGUUGAUAUGGCAAUGGGAUUGAUGAGAGAGAUGGGUUUGAUUGAUUUGUAUCCUGAUAUGAUCACUUAUGUUGGCAUGGUUAAGGGGCUUUGUGAUGUGGGGAGAUUAGAAGAUGCUUGUGGGUUGUUUAAGGUUAUGAGGGGACACGGAUGUAUGCCAAAUACUGUGGCCUAUUCAGCCCUUCUUGAUGGGGUUUGUAGGUUUGGGAGUACAGAGAGGGCACUGGAGUUGUUGGGGGAGAUGGAGAAAGAAGAUGGGGAUUGUAACCCAAAUGUUGUGACUUAUACGUCUGUGAUUCAAGUUUUUUGUGAGAAGGGUCAGGCCAUGGGAGCAUUGAGCAUUUUGGAUCGAAUGAAGGCUUGUGGGUGUGCACCAAAUAGGAUCACAGUUCGCACUUUGAUUGAAGGACUUUGCACAGAGGGGCAUGUAGAGGAGGUUUAUAAGCUAAUUGAUAAAGUUGUUGCAGGAGGUAGUAUUUCUAAUGACGAAUGCUAUAGUUCUCUUGUGGUGUCAUUUUUGCGGAUUAAAAGACUAGGGGAGGCAGAAAAGCUCUUUAGGAAGAUUAUAUCCAAUGGGCUGAGGCCUGAUGGUUUGGCUUCUAGUACUUUGAUAAAGGCCCUUUGUUCGGAGGGACGAGUGUUAGAUGGUUUUCACUUAUAUGAAGAAUUGGAGAAGUUGGGAUGCUUGUCUUCUGUCGAUUCUGAUAUUUAUUCUAUUAUUCUGGUCGGACUUUGUCAAGAAAGUCAUUUGGUAGAAGCAGCAAAGCUUGCUAGGCUAAUGGUGGAGAAACAAAUUCAGCUUAAAGCUCCUUAUGUGGACAACAUAGUCGAACAUCUGGAGAAUUCUGGAGAAAAAGAACUAGUUUCAGACAUUACUAGGAUGAGGCGGGGAUUGGAACAAGAACGUGUUUAAUGUAUUCUGGAGAUCCUCGUUUGAUUAUAUUGCAGGGGUUCAUGGCAUUGUGGUGGAAUAUCUUUACUAAGAGAGAAGAAAUGUUUAAAAAUAAGCAAUAUUCUUUUUCCUGGUCCCUAAAUGCAAGUGUUAGGCUAUGAGCAGAGUUUAUGGAGUUCACUUAUCAUUGCUUGUGAUCCAAACUUCUUUCUAGUAGUAAUAUGGUCAUUCUCAGUCUGUACUGCUAGGUGCCAUUCCAUUCUCAUCUGAUGUUAAACAGUUAAAGGAGUUUGGUGUUUUGGGGUGGUCAUUCUGAACAAGCCAUACAAGACUUUGGUUCCCACAUCUCUAUGUCGAGUGAGUCUCUUAUUAUUUUGGUACUUUAUUUUGAUUACUUCUUGGCCUGCUCUAUGCUGUUCUAAAGUUUUAAUAAUUCGUUGCCAUUUCUAUGCUUGGUAUCGUAAAUGUAUUUUAUAAUUAGUUUAUAACCAGGCUUGCCUCUUGGAGGAGUGCAAGUGCAUAUCAAAUGUUUGAGAACCUUAAUUAGUUUUAUAUUUUCUAGGUAGGCAUAUAAAUGGAAAGUGAACUUAUGGUUGUGAUUUUACAGAGUUGGCCAUAAAAUAAUGAUAAGAAUCUGCAUUUAAAUUUCAUUCUCAUAUGACAUGAUACUUGGUAAUGGGUGGAUUGCCAUAAAGUGGUAGUAAUAUUCAAUGUGGAAGAGGAUUUCUUUCGUUCUGUCAUGAGCUGUAAGCAUUCAUUCAUAAGUAUCCUGGUUGGUGCUAGU